GACUGCUGUCACCAUCGCUAUUACCAAAAGACGUCAUCCAUCUUCAUAUUACAUAUUAUAUUGUAUGUAAGUAACUUAUUGGCAGGCCACGCUACGAGACAUUUAAAAAUCUGGUCAGUAAUAAAAUGUUAGGCGGUGACAGUGCUAAAAAGGUGAAUUGAAAUGUUCUUAUUGAAAAUAGUAACAAUAUUCGAUUUUAUUUUAAAGACAAUGCUGAUUGCAUUGUAUUUACGCCAUAAUGACAGUUUGGGGCGCAAUUUUUUUAAAGGUUAAGGCUUUAUAAAAAAAUAGAUUUCAGACAUUAUAAAAAAGUAAAACAAAAACUGGCAAUACAGCGACUUUGACAUUGACAUUAUUAUUGUCAAAGAAAACGAGAAGAAAACAAAGCAAUAGGGCAAUUAAUAGUAUAAAGAAUUGAAUUGAACUGAUUCGACAAGCCCAAUAUUUUAUUGAAUUUCACACUUUUAUAAAUAACAAUAAACACAUUAAAAUGCCUAAAGUUGUUUCAAGAAGUAUAGUGUGUUCUGACACAAAAGAUCAAGAAGAAUACAACGAAACAAAACCUCUUCAUAUUUAUUACUGUAUUUGCGGGCAAAUGUCCCUUAUAUUGGACUGCACAAUAGACAGGUUACCUUUAAGACCAACAGACAGCGCGAGAGUUAUCGAUGGAUCCAAGCACGCUCACAAAAUCACAUCAGAUCCUGAUGAAACAGUGUAUUUAAAACGCGAAAAAGGCAUUGAAAGACAGUACAGAUCGAAGUGUAGGAAAUGCGGUAUACCUCUAUUUUAUAAGCAUGACCAAACUAGCAACGUUGUUUUUAUCAUGAAUGGCGCCUUAGUACAAUCAGCUGAAGGAUCUCUGACUGACAUUUCCAAACAAGUUGCAUUUUCACAGCCUAAGAAAAUUAUGGUUACUAAACAUACGAAAAAUAUGGGUAAAUUUAGUUCGGUCACUGUCUCCACUAUCGAUGAGGAGGAAGAUGAGAUAGAGGCCAGAGAGGUGGCAGACAGCUAUGCGAAUAACGCAAGGAUUAUUGAGAAACAGUUGGAAAGGAAGGGAAUGAACAAACGACAAGCGGAAACACCAUCACAGAAUGUUGCUGAGAAAAGAGUAAGAGGUACUUUAAUAGAUAAGUAAAUGUAAUGAGUUGUAUUUUAAUAAACAAUUAUGUUCA